UUUUCCUCUACUCGUAGAUGGUUUAUACUACUUAUAGUUGCCCUUCAAGGGUUUCUAGGUCCAUUGAGCAGCUCCAUAUAUGUACCAGCCAUUCAACAAGUCAAGCUGUCACUUCAUGCGUCUGGAACGGUUAUCAAUGCAACCAUUUCUCUUUAUAUCUUUACCCUAGGCGUUGCCCCAAUGAUGUGGGCCGCUCUAUCGGAAAGAUAUGGGCGCCGGUUUGUCUAUAUUGGUGCAACUUUCAUAUAUGUAGGGUCUACUGUAGGGUGUGCUUUGUCAUCAAAUAUUGGUUUGUUUGUAGCCAUGAGAGCCUUACAAGCGGUUGGUGCAAGUGCGGCACAGGCAGUUGGCGCAGGAACUGUCUCGGAUUUGUUUAUGGUUCAUGAACGAGGGAAUGCUAUGGGUCUUUUUUUUCUCGGUCCUUUGGUGGGUCCUGUGGUGGGUCCUAUAGCUGGUGGCUACAUCAGCGAAUAUUUGGGAUGGAAUUACAUAUUCUGGUUUCUUUCGAUUAUGGGUGCCUUUAUUCUUAUACUCCUUGUCUUCUUUCUACCUGAGACUUCUCCAAUUAUUAUCAAAAAACGAGUCGAGGCUAAACAGCGUUUAUCAGAAUCUCAAUCUACUACAGAGUAUAAAUCCCCGCCUCAUGAGCAGCUCAUGACGACCUUUAUGCGCCCUUUUCGCUUUUUGUGCAAGCCGGUUGUAUUACUCGUCUCUUUACCUUAUGCUCUUGCAUACGGAUUCAUGUAUUUCAUGAUAUCAAGUUUACCACAUCAGCUUGCCUACAAAUAUGGGUUUUCAAGCUCCCAGAUUGGACUAGCAUAUUUAGCCAAUGGUCUCGGAAAUGUCGUCGGUGCAGUUGGGUCAGGAAAGUACGCAGAUUGGUUGCUCAAAAAAUUGGACACGAAACAGCAGGAAAGAACACCGGAAGCUCGUUUAUCCCCAAUGUGGCUAGGUAUUUCUUUGCUAGUAGUCGGAGAACUAGUCUACGGGUGGUGUGUAUCCAAGACCAUUCAUAUCGGUGUAGUAUUGACAGGACUUUUUAUAUUUGGACUCGGUGUAGGGGUUGUCCAAACUCCUAGUAACUUGUAUCUUGUCGAUGCCUAUCAAGAAUACUCGGCUUCUGUUAUUAGCGCAUCUAAUCUUUUACGGUGUACCAUGGCAGCAUGCACACCUUUAUUAGCACCUACAAUACUACGGUCUAUUGGUAGUGGUUGGGCAAUGACUAUACUUGCAAGCUUGACCUUAAUGAGUACAGGUUGUGUUUUCUCUGUCAGUAGAUGGGGAGAAAACAUGCGCUACAAAUAUGCCAAAGACCACUCAUGA